AUGUUUUUUCGCAUCCCUCGACUGACCCCUGGAUAUAUUAGAUACCUCCAGACUCAGGCAGCCCAGACUGUGCUGCAAAGCCAGCAAGGCCCCGCCAUGCCGCGCAUGGCCAUCCUGCUGGGUCUCAUGGGGAUCGGCAUGUCCGGCUACAGUUCCCGCCAACUCACACUGCACUACAAGCCAACGAGUCACCUGCUUAGAUGA